AUGGAUGAAUGGAAGCCUAAUCCACAACCCAAGCCGUGGAAGAAACGCAGCUGGUACCUGGCCUGGAAGUACAAGUUGACAAAUCAGAGGGCGCUCAGGAGACUGUGUCAGAUGGGAGCAGUCCUUUUCUUGCUGGUAACUGUUAUUGUAAACAUAAAGUUGAUCUUGGACACUAGAAGAGCAGCCAGUGAAGAAGAAGAAUCAGCUCAGGAUUAUGAUGAAGGUUUGCAGAAGCUAGAGAUUCCUCGGCGGCCUGUGAGUAGCAGAAAAGUUCUGGACAUUGAGGUCUAUUCCAGUCGCUCCAAGGUUUAUGUUGCAGUUGAUGGGACCACGGUUUUAGAAGAUGAAGCCCGGGAACAAGGCAGAGGCAUCCAUGUCAUUGUAUUAAAUCAGGCUACAGGCCAUGUGAUGGCAAAGCGGGUUUUUGACACCUAUUCUCCCCAUGAAGAUGAGGCCAUGGUCCUCUUCCUCAACAUGAUAGCCAAGGGUCGCAUCCUUAUCUUCACAAUUAAGGAUGAGGGCUCCUUCCACCUUAAAGACACAGCCAAGAGUCUUCUGAAGAGUUUAGGAAGCCAGAUUGCAGCUUCUCUCAGCUGGAGGGACAUGUGGACAUUUGUGGGGAAGAAAGGAGGUGAAGUCUAUGGUGAGAAACAUGCCAAGUCCCCACUGCUUUCCUCCUGGGGAGAGCCAGUCUUGUUAAAAACCGAAGUCCAAUUAACCUCUGUGGAAGAUGCAGAAUGCCAUUGGCCAGAUACUGAGUUGAAUCGGCGGCGGAAGCGUUUUUGCAGCAAAGUUGAAGGUUAUGGAAGUGUGUGCAGCUGUAAAGAUCCUACACCUAUAGAGUUCAAUCCUGAUCCACUCAAAGACAACACAGUUUUUGAUGUACCUGUUGCUGUCAUUGCAGGGAACAGACCCAACUACCUGUACAGGAUGCUACGAUCUCUGCUGUCAGCACAAGGGGUCAAUCCUCAAAUGAUAACAGUUUUUAUUGAUGGAUAUUACGAGGAGCCAAUGGAUGUGGUUGAAUUAUUUGGCCUGAAGGGAAUCCAACACACACCCAUCAGCAUUAAAAAUGCAAGAGUCUCUCAGCACUACAAGGCCAGUUUGACUGCAACAUUCAACUUGCAUCCGGAUGCAAAGUUUGCUGUGGUAUUGGAAGAAGACUUGGACAUUUCCAUUGAUUUCUUCAGCUUUCUAAGCCAGUCUAUCUAUUUGCUGGAAGAAGAUGACAGCUUGUAUUGCAUCUCUGCAUGGAAUGACCAGGGGUAUGAACAUACCGCUGAAGACCCUUCACUUCUCUAUCGUGUAGAGACCAUGCCAGGCCUGGGCUGGGUGCUAAGAAAGACUCUGUAUAAGGAUGAAUUGGAGCCCAAGUGGCCAACACCAGAAAAGCUUUGGGACUGGGACAUGUGGAUGCGCAUGCCAGAACAGCGGAAAGGACGUGAAUGCCUCAUCCCAGACGUAUCCCGCUCGUAUCACUUUGGAAUUGUUGGCCUCAACAUGAAUGGCUACUUCCACGAAGCCUAUUUCAAAAAGCACAAGUUCAACACAGUCCCCAAUGUACAGCUUAAGAAUGUGGAGAGUUUAAAGAAAGAUGCAUAUGAAAUUGAACUUCAUCGUCUGCUCAGUGAGGCUGAAGUUCUAGAUCAUACCAAAAAUCCUUGUGAGGAUUCUUUUGUCCCAGACACUGAAGGAAAAACCUACGUGAUGUACAUAAAGAUGGAGCAGGAGGCAGAUUUCACUACUUGGACUCAGCUUGCCAAGUGCCUCCACAUCUGGGAUCUGGAUGUCCGGGGGAAUCAUAAAGGACUAUGGCGUCUCUUUCGGAAAAAGAACCACUUCUUGGUCGUAGGAGUCCCUGCCUCUCCAUAUUCAUUCAAAAAACCUUCUUCAGUGACACCAAUCUACAUGGAACCCCCAGCCAAGGAUGAGGCAGUAGGAGCCAUAGCAGCAGGAGCAGAGCAAACAUGAAGCAGAACAUGGAGUGUUUGACCGUAUUGCCUUCAUAGCCUGCAGGAUAGGAGGGCAGAGGAACACUUAGAGCUCUCUUGGGAUUGGCUUUUCUCUGGAAGUCUUGAGAAGUAGGACAAGCCAAAGGGGGCUCUCCCCAUCCCCCAUCCUCAGGCUGCUGCUGAGAGUGGAUUAAUUGCCUUGGAAGAACAGGCCUCUUUAAUA